AUGUGGCCGGCCGGCGCGGGCACCAAGCUGCCCUGUCCCCGGGACUCCGCGCUCCGGCGGGCGGCUUUCUCGGGCAACCUCACGGCCCUGCCUUCUCACCUGGUGCCCGCCGGCCGCAGCGUCCGGGUCUUCAUCAGUGCCAAUCCUGAAGAUACAGGAGCAGAAAGGCAGGCACUAAGAGAAAAUGUGUAUCCUAAACUAAGAGAGUUCUGCCGGGAGAACUAUGGAUUGGAGUUUCAGGUCAUAGACCUAUAUUGGGGCGUGGAAGAAGAUGAAUGGGACAAUCCUGAGCUACAGAAGAUGCGCAUGAGGCUUCUGGAAGAUUGCUUGAAGACUUCUGCAGGUCCAUGUUUUGUUGGACUAUUAGGUGAAAAAUAUGGGAACAUCCGAAUCCCAGGAGAAGUUGAAGCCUCAGAGUUUGAAAUGAUUUUGGAUGCUGCCAUAGAGGCAAAGCUGGAGACCAAGUUACUGGAAGAGUGGUACUGUCGGGAUGAGAACUCAGUGCCAGCAGCCUAUUACCUCAGACCCCGAUCAGAGCUGCUAAGGAACACUACAAAUACAACACAGCCUCCUGCCAGUGCUGAAGACGAAAAGCCAUGGCAGGAGAUAUCGGAUGAGAUCAAGGCGAUAUUUAAGGCUGCCGUCAAACUGCUACACGAGAAGGGCAAGAUGAAGCACAGCCAAGCUAAGAGGUACCUGUUCUCAGCUAUUGAGGAUGAGUUUGACUUUGCUUUAGGCAAGCAAACCCCAGCAUUCCUGAAGAAGUGUGUUUGUUACAUUAGGAAAAUCGCUAACAUUGAGCGCUUUGUGAAAAUCCCAGAGAUGGGAAAAUACAUGGAUAUUACUGGAAUGGAACCCAGGAUUAUCCGUGAUCCUGAAGCUCAAGAGAAACUGAUAAAACUCAGGGAUGAAUUUAUUCCUACCAUCGUGGCAUCAUCUAAUCUGAGAGUAUACACAUCCGUCACACAUUGCGACAUGAAACUGGGCUAUUCCCAGGAAAUAGAAAACCAUUACAUAGAAGGACUUGGUAAGCAGUUUUAUGAGGACAUGAUUGACAUAAUUCAGGCAACAGUACAACAGAAUUUUGACACUGAAACAGAUACACUGUAUGAUGAAAUCCUUCAACAUUCAUCGUUAUGUAAAACGUAUGCCUCCUUCUAUGAGUACAAAUGUGAAUCUCUAAACAUCUUGCAUAAAUACAUUCUUCCGAGCAAAACAGGACACAUCAACCCUCUUAUUGUAUACGGUGGACCAUGCACAGGGAAGACCCUUCUGCUAGCUGAAGUAGCAAAGAAGGCUUAUGGCUGGCUUCAUGAAGACACAGGACCAGAAUCUGACCCAGUUGUCGUCGUGAGAUUUCUAGGAACCACAGACAUGAGCACCGACCUUAGGACUCUCCUGCUAAGUGUUUGUGAACAACUGGCAGUCAACUACCGAUGUCUGGUUCAAAGCUAUCCUAAGAAGAUCCAUGACCUCCGGGACUUAUUUAUAAACCUUUUGAAUGAGUCUUCACUGCAGAGACCACUGGUGAUCAUAUUUGACGCCCUUGAACAGCUCUCAGAGAAUGACGAUGCCCGAAAGCUCUGGUGGCUGCCCGCUCACCUUCCCCGCUUCGUCCGCAUCAUCCUCUCCACACUGCCCAACAAACAUGGGAUCCUGCAGAAACUAAGGUGCCUUAUCCACGAAGAAGACAACUACAUUGAGCUGAUUCCCCGGGAUAGGAAGAUGUGCAGCCAGGUCCUCAAACAUCAACUGCUGAGGGUCAAAAGGAAGGUCACCUCUGGCCAGCAGAUUUAUGUCAACAACGCAUUCUCUAAGUGUACGCUGCCCAUGUUUGUGAAUUUGACCUUCAGGGAGGUGAGGCAUUGGAGAUCUCACAAAGAUGUUGACGAAUCUUCCCUCUGUGUCACGGUUCAUGAUAGUAUCGAGCACUUAUUCUGGUGCUUAGAGAAAAAGUGUGGUCAGAAAUUGGUGUCCAGAGCUCUGGGUUACAUCACCAUGGCCAAAAUGGGAUUAAGUGAAAUGGAACUGGAAGAUGUGCUAGCACUAGACAAUAAUGUUAUGAACGAGCUCAAUGAGAAUGCCAGGCCCAGCAAUCCCUUGAGAGUACCUUACCUGUACAUUGCCAGGCUCAAGGAGGGUCUCAGCGGAUACUUGAUAGAAAGGCACGUGAAGAAUGUUACACUCCUGGUCUGGGCCAACAGACACCUGCACCUCAUCGCCCAAAAGCUCUAUCUGCAGGAUGAGGGCAAUUUGAGAGAAAUGCAUACCAUUCUGGCAGAUUAUUUUCUGGGAGUAUGGUCUGGGGGUAGGAGAAAAGCUUUCUGCCUUGAAGAUUCCUAUUUGAAUGGCUGCCUCGACUUGGAGAGCAGAAGCCUGCUGGAGGAAGAAAAACAUUUCAUGGAACAGGCUUCCUUUGACAGGCAGGCUCCUGAUCAGCCCUGGGUUUUCCAGUGCAAUCCACUGGAGCCCGACAUCUUUUUUGUCAACCACCGGAAAAUGUCUGAGCUUUUGUAUCACUUGACCAGGUGUGGAAAAACCGAUGACCUACUGUACGGAAUCAUCAUGAACUUCAGCUGGCUUUAUACCAUGGUCAAAAUCGGCCAGUUUGACAAAGUGCUUGCAGACAUUGAGCUGGCCUAUAACUACUCACAAGAAAAGGAGCUCAAGUUCCUAGCCAGCAUCCUCCGUAGCAUCAAAAACAAGGUCAUUGCGUUUCCUGGCUCCCUGUCCGCAGAACUUCAGCAAAGGCUGCUGCCUGUUGUAAGUUCCUUGCCCAAACUUCGCCACCUUCUUUUAGAAUGUGACAAAGAUGGGCCCAAAUAUUGCUCCAUUGUGCCAUUGCAUUCAUCCAUGGAUGUAACCUACAGCCCUGAGCGUCUGCCCUUGUCAUCCAGUCACCUGCAUGUCACAGAGAUUUUGCCAACCUGUAACCCCAGCACUGUGCUCACAGCCUUAGAAAAUGGCUCCAUCAGCACGUGGGACGUAGAAAGUCGCCAGCUACUCAGGCAGAUCACUACAUCCCAGUCUGUCAUCCUGGGCAUGAAACUCACCAGUGAUGAAAAGUACCUUGUGGUGGCCACAACAAAUAACACCUUGCUGGUUUAUGACAACCUCAAUUCCUGUCUCUUGUCUGAGGUAGAAAUCAAAGGGACCAAGCAUGGAAGUGGUACCACCUAUAUCAAUGGAUUUACACUGUCCGUCAACCAUGCCCUUGCAUGGCUGGAAGCCAGCAAAGAUGUCACUGUCAUUGAUCUGCUCUAUGGAUGGCCUCUCUACCAGUUCCAUUGCUGGUAUGAAGUGACCUGUGUCCAGUGUUCGCUGGAUGGGGUGUAUGCUUUCUGUGGACAGUCCCUGAACACAACCACCAUAUUCCACUUGGGGAGUGGAGAGAAGUUAUGUACGGUGACAUCAGAAUUCUCUGGUGGGUUUGUGAAGUUUCUUCUCAUUCUGGACACGGCUCAAGAGAUGGUCAUGGUAGAUAGCGAGGGAAGUCUUUCUGUUUGGAAUACUGAGGAUAUCUCCAACCCCCAGCUGACGGAUGACUUUGACUGCCGUCGAGAAGACAGCGAGGUAGUCAGCAUUGAACUUUCGGAAGACCAGAGCGCCAUUCUGAUCUGUAAAGCUCUCAGCAUCGAGCUCGUAGACACCGGCAUGUGGAAAGUGGCUGAAAAGUUCAGAGCCAAGCACAACGAGCGUUUCAUAUCUGCCGUGCUGUCCAAAAAUGGAGACUGCAUCAUCGCAACCAUGGAGAAUACCUCAGCCAUGUUUUUUUGGAGGCGGGACACAGGACAAUGCAUGGCCAGCUUACAGGAAAUCUCAGGUACCAUCGUCAAGUUGGUGAAAUCUAGUCACCACAACAUGCUGUUGUCUUUGUCUACCAGUGGUGUUCUUUCCAUCUGGGAUGUUGAUAUCAUCACAGCUAUGUCCAACAUAGAUAAGACUGGAAAACCCAUUCAGAGUCUGGUGUUGCCUGCUCGUGGGGAAAUCAUUUACUCCCUAGACGGCUCAGACUGUGUUCACAAAUGGAACUUCAGCAGCGGGUUCAUUGAAGCCGUCUUUAAGCAUGAUGGAAUAGUUGAACACUGUGUGUUAACAUCCACUGGAGAUCUAAUGGUAACUUCAGAUGACAAAAGCAGCCAGUAUGUGUGGCACACCAGCAGUGGAGAAAAUCUCUUCCGAAUUAAUGGCCAGAGGAUAUCUCAGCUGCUGAUUACACACAACGACCAAUUUGUGGUCUCACUCUGUGAGGAAAAUGCCUCCAGGGUUUGGAGACUGGCCACGGGCCACAGGGUGUGCAACAUACUCACCACUCUGCAAAAUGCCUUUAUCACCUCUGCAAAUACCUUUGUGGUCGGAAUGACCAAGAGCAAAGUGCUGGCUGUCAGUCUUUGGACAGGAAGUAUCACUAAGAAAUUUUGCUGUGAAGAUGGGACCACCAUUGUGAACUUCAAAUUGAUUCCUGAUUGUCCUGACAUCGUUGUGUUUAUCACAUCAGCAGAGACCGUGAACAUCUGGAGUCUGACAGAGGAAGUCAUCUGUCGACGCGUGCAACUUCCCAACAACUUCCUGAAAACUCUGGAGGAUUUUGAAAUUUCUCCCAAUGGCAAGCUAGGCAUUCUGUCUCGGGGAGAUGAAAAUAUCAAUGUGUUAGAUUUACACAGUGGUAAAUUAAGGGUGGUUCAUGCCUCUGGGAUCAUCUGGAGACAGAGGUUAUCUCGAGAUGGGCGUUACCUGGUAUACAUUUGUUUCCGGAAUGGGGAGGAGGAGGAGGAGGAAAACGAUGCAAUAUCCAGUUUAAUUGUAAUGAGACUGGCUGAUGGCAAAAAUAUCGGUGCUUGUUCCCUCUAUAAAACACCAACUUUCCUUGCACUUUCUCAGAGGCACCUGAACAUCAUUGUGGGCUUCGAUGAUGGCAGUAUAGGGAUCUAUACGGUGGUGGACCGAGUAGAUGCUGCUCUAAAAAUUAAAAUUGCCACUUCAAAUAGCAGACAGAUCUUCAACAAUGCCACACAGACAUCCAGGCCAAAGACUAACAGCUACUGCUUUAAAAUGUCUGUGGAUUGCUUAUGGAGAGAAUCCACAGAGGUGUUUGCAAGAGACAGCCCCAUCACAGUGAGUGACUCAUCGGAGUCCAGUGAAGCCACACCCUCCAAGAAACAUAACUCCUGUUACGAUCGGAUGUGCUCUGCCCUUGAAUCCAGGAGCCACAGCUAUGCCACUGAUAACUGA